CGAAGCUCUCGCCCAUAACCUCGAAAUAAUGACGUUUACGUAGAAUAUGAUAAUAAACUUGUUGUUAUUGGUGUUCAAUUGUAUCUAAUUAUGUGGCUGAUUGUUUAUUUAAAUCGUAUUUAUACCAUGAACGUGUUUGCUAGAUAAGUAAGUUUUAAAAUGUUGGUGACACAGUUUUUCCAUUUAUCAGCUUAAUUAUGCAAAAAUAAUGCUCUUAAUCUGAUAUUAUUAGUCAGCAAUGGAAACUAACGCUGUAGGAUGGAUAGGCUUGAUAAUUAUUCUGUUUAUAACCAGUUUCGGCCUUUUUUGGUUGGUUACUAUAUUAACUAGUGUACUAUUACUAGUUUUGGGUGUAUUAACAUUUUUGUACGUAAAUCAAGACGAAACAGAUAGUUUCCUAAAAAAAUGUCCUCUAACAGCAGCCUCUAUAACAGAGGGCGGAUUAAAGCAAUUUGUGAGUCAGCUAGCUAGUCCUAAAAGAGUACAAAAGACGGAUAGUCGGGUAACAGGCAGCGAACUUAUUGACAGUUCAUUGCAAGAGAUUUUAGGGUACAUUAUAAGAGAUUAUAUUACUUCAUGGUACAAUGUUAUAUCUAGAGAUACGGAGUUUCCUGAAAUGGCUGUCAGGAAAACAGCACAAACUUUUGCGAUAAAUAUAUCAAACAAGAUUAAGGAAAUAGAUUGGAUUCCUUACUUAACUACAAGACUUGUGGAUGAUGCAGCUACCCAUUUGAAAAUAUACAAGCAAGCAAGAGCCAAAAUGAAACUUUUGGAAAAACCCAAAUCCCCCAGGGAUUCCCCUGUGAAGGAAAAAAAUUCCCCACACAAACUGGCUCACAAAAGAAACAAGAGCGAGACCGACGUCAGUUGGUACCACGGAAAAUCGGUGGAAAUAAAAAGGGAGACGGAAAAAAACGUGGGAAAUUCGAAAUUUUACUCUUCAUCAGACAAACACUUAACGCUGGAAGAUCAUUUUUUUGAGUUGGAACGGCAGAUGGAGAAAGACUUAAUUUGUAGGGAUAAGUUGUGUACUGAUUUAACAACUGAGAAGGAGUUUUUAAGUGAGAUUAUCGAGAUUUUAUUGUACAUUUUAUUGCCCGAGGAGGAUUUUGAUUGCAAACCUCUGACCUUUGUUUUAAGAGAAAUUUUUGCUAAUUGUGUAGUUAGGCCUUUAUUUUCCAUGGUAUCUGAUCCCGAUUACAUCAAUCAAAUCGUUAUUUUAUUGUGUCUUCGGGAUUCUUCACUACCCAGCGAUAUUUUCUUAACAACCCUUAGACUUACUGACAACUGUGAUGAAUUAAAGAGUACCAAAGAUUUAGUUGCUAAAGAAAUACAACUUCUGAGGUCACGUGAUUCUGGAGGAGAUAGCGAUCUCUCAAUAAAACAGCAACUGAGUAGUUUGCAUUAUGUUCAAAAACUUAUCGAUAAUAGACUUUCCAAGAUGGAUAGUUUGGAUAACGCCGAAAUAAUGGGUAAUUUGGACUACAUUCAGAUGGAAAACGUGAAAAAAAUCGACCUAAAACUCGACCAGAUUCUCAAGAAUAACGUUGCUUUGUCGUAUUUCAUCGAUUUUGUUUCCAGUCAAGGCAAACAGCUGGAUUUAUUUUUUUACUUGAAUAUUGAUGGAUGGAAAAUCUCAGUGGAACAGCAACUAUCCGACUUGCAACUAAACAAACUGAAAGGGCCGGUAGAAAAUGCGGGGCCAGUGUACGACACGAUUCGUUCUACAGCCCUAAGCAUUUUCGAUCAGUAUUUGGGCGACAAAUCCGAGCAAAAGGUGCAAGUAAAACAAAGCCUUAUACAGUCGCUGCACUUUAAAAUUCGCAACCUCAACGAGACGCCUAACGAACUUUGGUUCGACGGCGUUCAGAAAGCCGUUUACCAAAAAAUGGAGGGUAACGAAGAUUUUUUGGCCGCGUUUAAAAAAAGCAAAGCGUACGUCAAAAUGCUGCAGGAGUUGGACUUGAUACAGCAAAGCAAUGCGGAUGAGGAUACUUUGAGUGUUAACAGCAAUGAUAGCCUGGAAAAUCAGCCCAAAUCGCUCACGGAUAACUUGACAGUCGAGAGCUGUCAAAAGGGCGGGAAACACGCUAGAUCUUUCAGCGAUGUGCCCUUGUUCGCCAGCAAGGAGGUGAAUUUUCAGCUGACCAGCGAAGAGGAAAAACUAAAGGCGAAUUUAGAGGCGAAGAAGUUUAAAACCGGUGAUUUUUCUCUGACGGUGACGGUCAUAGAAACCGGUAUCGUUUGCGAGAAGGGGAAAACUUUCGGUAUCUACGCUAUCAGCGUGGGGAGGCGCUACGAAACCGGUUAUCUGGAAGAGUGGCACAUUUAUCGACGCUACAGCGAUUUCCACGAUCUGUACACCAAAAUUAAGGAUAAGUACCCGGAUUUGUCAAAGGUACUUUUUCCGGGGAAGAAAACAUUCCACAAUAUGGACCGGGCGGUUUUAGAGCGACGCAUGAAGAUGCUGGGGUCGUACAUGAGCGAAGUGUGCCAAAUUAACGUGGUCAAUAGCCACGCCGGGCUUCGGGAACUUUUAAUGACGUUUUUGGAGCAAGGGGAUUACGAUAGGCAGACUGGCGGACCCAUAUCAAGUACGAUUGAAACUAUAGUAAACCCGUUGAAAUCGGGCAUGAAAACCAUUAAAAACAUGCCUGAACAACUCAUAAACACCAUGGAUGAAGUGGUAGGUAAAGUGUUUCAUCCGAAACAAGUGCGUUUGCCUGAAGCACUGAAAGUUGGUGCGUCCAUUGAAGAGACUGAAAAUAACAUUCCACUAAGAAUAAUGCUUCUUCUGAUGGAUGAGGUUUUCGAUUUAAAAUCGCGAAACCAGUGGCUUCGGCGCCGCAUUGUCACUUUGCUCAGGCAAAUUGUGAGGACCAUGUUUGGAGAUAUAGUCAAUAGAAGAAUUUUAGACUACGUUUCCUAUAUAACCAGCCCUAAAAAUGUGGCACACUACUUAUAUGUUUUCAAACAAUCGUUUUGGCCUAACGGAGCUCCCUGCGAGAAGAAACCUGAAAGGGAUGAUGAUGUGAAAAUACGUACAAGGGUUGCAGCCAAAGUGGCUCUCUUAUCUUGUUCAUCAGAUGAGUUAAAGCAUAUAAUAGGAUCUGAAACAACGAGGAGGGGGCUGUUGACAAUUUUCGAACUUUUUCAGAGACCAAUUUUGAAUCGUAGAUUAGUUUAUGUUUUACUUGAAGGCGUACUUUGUACCUUAUUUCCUGACAAAGAUAUGGAAAAACUGUUUCAAACUAUGCAUUCUAAGUCAAUAGGUGAAAAUAGGUGAUAAUUUACUCCAAUCUUUAUAUUCUUAGUGCCAUUAGU